AUGUCCACUGUCCGUUUCUUCGACUCUAUCCCCCACAUCGUGCGUUAUGGCAUGCACGAUGACAAGGAGCCCAAGUCGCAGACGCUAUUCUACCGCAACGGCGUCUGUUUCAGGGUCCAUGUCUCGGGGGAAGAUGUCGCGGGAACACCUUUCGCAGAGAAAUGGCUCGAACUGAUCAAGCGGAAGAAUGUGGGCGAUGACGAACCGAAUGGUUGGAUCCGCCGGUGGGAGUCGCUGUGCGAUUGUGUCAUCACCCCGUGCUUGCCUUUGCUGGAAACCCUGGCUCCCAGCUCGCAUAAAUGGACAACCUUGCACGAUUACCUGCACACGCCGACGUACAAGUUGAAGCUGGUCGCUGACGAGCAAGCUGCGCAUGUUGUGCCCAAAGUCGCCGAAGGGCCGAAGGACCGACCCUCGUACGAACAUAACCUUAUGAAAUUCUCGGAAUUCACAUCCUUGCCCAAAGAUGCCCCUCGAUACCCAGCCGAGGAUCUUGUGGUCCUCGGCCAAGAAAAGAACUGGCGCCGCCCGCCGCACAAGGUACGUGUGCCAGGUGGGGAUGUGGUUUACUUCCGGCCCUGCAAUCAACCCGUACGACAUGGCAGGACCGGACAGAUCACGAACAGUUCCGUUGACAUCAUCAACGCGUACUCACGGCUUCAUAACGCAGAGUUGACCCAGUCGAGCGAGGGGGGGUCCCAGGGUGCAGCUAAGAGAAUUAACAUUCCAAGACUGCAGGGAAUCGUUGUUAGCCAUGCAGGCUCAAGCCCCGAUGAAAUCACUACACCUCCACCGCAAGAAGAGGAACUAGCCAAGUCAUCAGAAGAAAAGGAGCCACUUUGUGCCGGGAUCCUGUUAAACUAUGUGCCAGGGGCGAAGACCUUGGCCGAGGUAAUGAAGAUGUUCAGCAACCAAGAUCACCCAUUCAACAUUUCGAGUCAUGCCGAAAAGUGGCGGGGACAGAUCGCCACAGCGGUCGAACACCUCCAUGCGCAUCGUAUCACGAAGGGGGGUCGAUCCGACGGUCCCAAUCCGUGGUUCCUGAUCAAUCAACACACGGUCUACCUUGCCAGCAUGGACUGGGACAAUAUCUCUUUUGGGCACACGGAGGGAGCCGGCCUCGAAGACGCCGACGCCUGGUUGAUGCUCGAAGGUGGCUGCACGGUACACCCGACCACCGAGCUCGACGGGGAGACCGAGGUUGAGAAAUUCAAGCAACAACAAGCCAUGGAUUGGGAGGCUGUGGGGAAAGUGUUCCAGGGCUGA